AAAGAGGAAGAAGAGGAUGAUGAUGAUAGUAACAGUGAUGAUGAUACCAGCAGUACUCCAUCAGAGGCUAGUGGAACAUGUAAAGAGUCUACUACUACUAAAAAAACUAACCUCCCAACCAAUACAUGCAGUGUCUGUUGCUGGUCCUACUACUACACCAAACACUGAUCAUGUUAACAAAGUGCAUUCCACUGGUGUAAGGAAAGCUGUAACAUAUGCUGGUCUGGUUUAUUAUGAGGAGAAAGGUAUAGAGGAUAUGGUGACAUUCACUGCAGCUAAGAAUUUGGAAGCACUUAUUCAGUAUAUUGAACGGAAACACUCUCUAGCUGAGAUUGGACCAGAUAUUUCCUUUAGUUUCAAGUUUCCUUAUGAUCACAUUGAAUUGAACUUUGCUGCACCUCAAAAGAAACCAUUCACUGGUUGGACACUUGCUCCUCACACUGAUCCUUGCAGAUUAUAUCAAGAGGCCAUUGAUAAAUUUGGUGAUAAGGAGCAUUCUCGUCCUUCAUGUUGUCUCAUAUCAGUUUAUGGAUCACCUGAUGCUGUCCCUUUUCUUAAUUACUUCAUACCACUGGAAGGUGUGGCUCAUCCAGUUUCAUUGAACAUUCAUAAAGCACGAAGAAACUUCACUGUUCCUGUCUCUCCUACAACAAAUCCUACUACCUCCUCUUCCUCCUCCUCUUCUAAUACAAUUACUGAAGCUACUGCAUCAUCCACUGGAUCCACUGGGGGAGCUAGUGCAUCAGCUACUGUUGAUUAACAGUGUUCUUGUGUCUCAGUUUGCUGCCCUUUCUUCUCUACCUAAAGAAGCAAUCCCUAAACUUGCUAAUGAGCUUUAUGCUGUUCAUCUUAUUAACAGUGCAGUCAGGGACAAUCCUUCAGUUGAGAAGUUUAUUGAUGAGUUCAAGGCUAGUCUUACUUUUAUGGCCAAAAUGUCAGAUGUUCAAGAGGACUGUUUAAAGUUUUUAAAUUCGUUCCUUGCUGUUAGUGGUAGCUUUACUAGUGCAGCAAAGUUUUUGUAUCAGAGAUGGAUUGAAGCUAUUAAAACUGAACU